AUGAAGCAGCCGAGACAAACAUUCCCUAUAGUUCUCUCUAUCAUAUUCAUAUGCGGAUGUACAAAGUUGAUUCUUCAUCUCCUCAAAUCAUAAUAGCUUCUUCCGCUCUGUUUGUAAUCUGUUCCCAUUUUGGCAAUAUAUAAAUUUCAGACUGAUCUCAGCCUAAUUCAUAAAAGAUAAAACACGCACCUCAAUCAUUAGCCGCCUUAUGAAACAGAAACCGAACCCCACCCUUUUCCUGGUAUUCCGGCCAUCCAAAACCUGGUUUUCCGGCAAACCCAAAUGGAGAAAGAGCCUCUCCUCCCUUAUGUCAACACCAGAAGACAGUCCUAUUCCCCUCAGCCUCCACCACCCCCAAUUUCUCUGUGCCCUUUACCGGAAAACGAUGAAAUCACAAUCCCACCACCCAAUGGUUGUCUCACUCCAUCAGAACUCAAAGAUAGGCUUAUCUUUGGCACACCCCCUUCAUCCUCUUCCACCCCUUUAAUGGACUCCUCUUCUUCAACUCUUGUUGAUGCAUUGGCUUUAAGCAUCAAUUCUCCAAGAAAAACUUCGUCUGAGGACCUAAAAUCCAAUAUUGUUGGAGAAAAAUGCAAUCUUGACCAGCAAAAUGGUCAGCAGUCUUGGUUGACCGAUCCCAAUAUUCCAUGGACCAAAGGGAAUUUGCACAGGUCCAAGACUGCCCCUGCUAUGGCUGUUAUCAAUGAUUUUGAUCAUUCAUCAGCUCCCAAGCCACCCGUGUUCGGUUCUCAGUCAAUUAUAAGACAAGCUGUGGUUCUAUUGAUCAUAUAUUUGUCUCUCGGUGUUGUUAUUUAUGCUUUUAAUACGGAUCAUUUCAAGGCCACUGAAACACACCCUGUUGUUGAUGCUUUGUACUUCUGCAUUGUUACUAUGUGUACUAUUGGAUAUGGUGAUAUAACCCCUGAUAGUGCUUCUACUAAGCUGUUCUCUAUCAUGUUCGUGCUUGUGGGCUUUGGGUUUGUUGAUAUUUUGCUUACUGGGAUGGUUAGUUAUGUUCUUGAUUUGCAAGAAAAUUAUCUGUUGAGGACACUUAAGAAUGGGGGAGCUCAUGAUCCAGGGCGGUUUGUAAUUGAUGUUAAGAAGGGGAGGAUGAGAAUUCGAAUGAAGGUGGCAUUAGCUUUGGGGGUUGUGAUUCUUUGUAUUGGAAUUGGAGUUGCUGUUAUGCAUUAUGUUGAGAGGCUUGGCUGGUUAGAUUCCUUCUAUUUGUCUGUUAUGUCUGUCACUACUGUUGGAUAUGGGGAUAGGGCAUUUACUUCCUUGCCUGGUCGGAUUUUUGCAUCCAUUUGGUUGCUUGUAUCUACGCUUGCUGUGGCUCGUGCAUUUCUUUACUUGGCUGAGGCAAGGGUGGAUAAGCGGCAUAGAAGCAUGGCAAAAUGGGUACUUGGACAGGAUAUGACUGUGGCACAGUUUCUUGCUGCUGAUAUUGAUAACAAUGGCUUUGUGACGCUCAAGAUGUUGGAGUUUGUUGAUUCAAACAGAUUUUUGUGAAAGCUUAUGGGACUGUUUGAAACAUGAUUUAGAAAUCUGAACAAAUCAGAGUUUGUAAUAUACAAGCUCAAGGCGAUGGGAAAAAUUUCAGAGAUGGAUAUCUUGCAGGUAUGUAAACAAUUUGAACGGCUAGACACGGGAAAUUGUGGGAAAAUUACUCUUGCAGAUCUCAUGGAAAAUCAUCACUGAUUUGUCAAGAAAGCAGUGCAACUCGAAUGCAAAUUUCAUGUUGCUAGACCCACCCACGGGAAACAUUGUGCGUUGUCAUGGUGAUGAAAGACAAAGUCACUUAUAAAUGGAUGCUCCCGUGUAAGCCCCAUUCUGCAACUGUUCCGGCUUCCCGUGUGAGCCCAUUCAAUCAUCUUAGAUUCUCUAUGCAACAGAAGUUCUCAAAGGCUGUAAAUAUUCAUUGCUAGCAGAAUCAGAUACUCCAUACUAGAAACAGUCUAUCAAAGAUUUUGCUAUAGCCAUUUGACAUUAUCUCCUUGAUAUAGUCUUAGAUUGGUAGCUGUGAACUGGCAUGGUGACCCAACUGGUCCAACAUGUUCAUACGAAAGUGACUUCAUUUUUUGGCAAAUACAUCGAUGCAGAUAAUAGGUGACCUGGUCUUGUUUUUCACUGCUUUCUCAUAUUUGGCACUUUUAUUCUGUUGGCUGUAGAUAUGGUAACUUUGCUGCUUUAGCACAAGCCUGCUCUUUGAAUAAGCAGCAAUGUUCAAAUUACAUUUUUUGAUGGAUAUUUUUUGGAAAUCAAAGUGCUCUGUACAUCUUAUUCUCCACA